AUGUCUUUAGUUUCUAUCCUUCUCUGCCUAGCAGGUGUUCAGGCUGGCUUAGUUGAUCGCGAUGCCACUCUGAACAACCUCGGCGCUCGCCAAAUAGCUGAGAUUGCAGCAAAUCUUCCUAAGGAGACCCGAGAGGAGAAGAAAGCUCGAGUUAAGGCUGAGAAGAAGGAGAAGAAGGCGAAAGACCGAGAAGCCGAGUCGUCCAAGGAAGCUGAGGCUAGAGAACCCGAGGACAACAAGAAAUAA